UACCAUUCUACCAAAAGAAAAUUUACUCGCUGAGUUGAGUUGGGUUGAGUACUUGUCUGUAGUGAAUACUUCAGCUUUCGGAACAAAAGUGUUGCUUCUUCUUUGGAAAAACGGAGUAGCCAAAUAAUCGGUUGGAUCGAGCCAGCUGCUGUCCUGCCAUCGUCAAAAGAAAAAUACUAAGCAGCAAGUUGGCUCACUACAGAGAGCCAUAAUAUAGGUUGCAGAACACAAGCCCGAAUUGAACAACACUAUAGGCAGGUGUUAGCGAUUUCUAUUCACCGUUCUCCGAUGGAGUCUCCCUUUAUCGUAACGGAGGCUACCGCUGGACCAUCCUCGUCGUCAUCAGCAAUGCCAUCGUCGGCUGUCGACAAUCAAGAAAUCUGCAAGUACUACAAACUGGGCACAUGCCGUUAUGGAACAUCGUGCCGUAAUGCUCAUACUGACACGUCUUCACCGGAAACGGCCAACGCAGCCGAAUUGCAAAUUUCCUCCCCUUCUGCUAACAGUAUCGCGAAAGCUAGUAGUUUCACGAUCGAUCCGCUUAAAUGGAUAAACGCACCUGAAUUCAUUCCCAAGGCGAAACAACUGCCGCCUCCGGAUCCCGAUCCAGCAGCUAUCUUAAUGGAUGAUGAUUGUGACGCUGAUGACGAAACCGGCGAUCUAGAUGAUGCCGCUGAUCCAGAGGACAGGGAAAAUGAUGAAACCGAGCUCAACGAUAGCGCCAGUCUGUCGUAUGCAGCAAUCGUUACACUUAACAAUAAUCACAAUGGAUUAGGAAUAAUCGAGGAGCAUUCAGCGGGAGACACCGUACUGUGUCCAUACUACGAAAACAGCGGCGUUUGUAUGCUGGAAGGUUGCCCGUACGAGCACGGCGAACUUUGCGAACUGUGCGGCAAGUUUUGCCUCAAUCCGGCCGACAAGGAGCAACAGCGGCUGCACAAUGUCGAUUGCAUCAAGCAGCACGAGCUGGACAUGGAGCACUCGUUCGCAAUACAGCGUUCGAAGGACAAGAUUUGCGGCAUUUGUCUGGAGGUGAUCCUGGAGAAGCCAGGCCGUGAGCAGCGCUUCGGAAUUCUGCCGAACUGUAACCAUAUCUUCUGUCUCGAGUGCAUUCGAACGUGGCGGAAGGCAAAAAAUUUCGAAAACAAAAUCAAAAGAGGCUGCCCCACGUGCCGCAUCUCGUCCGAUUUUGUCUGUCCGAGCAUCGUCUGGGUGGAGGGUCGCGAGGAAAAGGAAAAACUUAUUAACGACUACAAGAAGGCGUGUAAUACGACCCACUGCAAACACUUCAAGCAGGGCUCGGGCAAGUGUCCUUUCGGGAACAAAUGUUUCUACAAGCAUGCCCUGCCGACGGGUCAGCUCGUAGACGUGGGCGGUCCAUCGCGGUCGGAAAACCGCAUUCGAUUUAGCCAUUUGCAGGACUUCUUCCGCGAGGUUCUGCACCAGCGGGGGCGUUUACUGGAGGACUUUAUGUCUUUCUUCUCGGAUAGCGAAGAUUCGGAGUUGUCGGAAAUGUAUGACUACUAUGACAUCUAGUUGCUUAGUUCUGUUCCAUUACAAAUGCCCCAGCAGCAGCAGCAGCAGCAACAGAACCCGCAACUGCCAUCGCUGUUAAUGCCAGAACAAGGUAAUGUAUGCCAAGUUUUGGACCAACAACAACAACAACAGCAGCACCAGCAACUUUGCUAUUACUAUCUAUACUACUAUCAACUUUAUGGCAGCAGCAGCAACAACAGCAGUCCCGGAAAUGGUAAUAUCGAAACCCAUUACAGCAACAGUAAUAACAGUAAUUGUAUUUUUGUUCAUUUGAUCCAUAUUGGAAGUGGAAUCACAACUGGUAGCGUGGUUGGUGCAUAAGAGAAGUAGCAAUAUCUGUUUCAUUGGACCGAUACAACACACACACACAGACACAGACAGACACACAGAAAAUAUUUUCAUACCGAAAAAAAAGUAUAGGAUAGGCGGGGCAACGCUUGGCGGCGUCCUCCGAAAUGUGGUUUUGUGUUUCUAUUUACCUAGUUUUUUGGCUAGAGAACAUGUCGUCGAACAACAACAACUUAACAACGGGUGGAUGUUUAUUUUCUAGUUUCGUUCGUUAAUGUAGUAGGUCUAAUUUAUUUACAAAUUUUUCGUCACAAGUUUUGCAAAUUGUUCGUAUUAGUUUUUGUGUGUAGAGGAAAAUUUAACCAAAAAAAAAGACAGUAUUGGGUCAGAAAAAAUUAGUUCGAACAAUACUUUUUUUCAAAUUUUACGUCUCAUUAACUAACGAAUCGGAUGAUGUAUGAUUUAAGUAAAACUCAUUAGAGAAAGUUUAUUGAAAUUGAAGGAACCCAAAUAUUGUUCAUAACUAGGGUAAUUAGGCGUUUAUGUUUAGAAAGGCUGCCAUCAAACCCCAAAAAUGUGUUGUUGGUACCAACAAAUCUGCUUAAAAUUGUCGUUUAUUUCACGCAUUCGAAUUAUUUAGGUAGUCGAAAAAUUUCCUAGUUUAAUAGUAAAGUACGCCGCCAAGAGAAGAGUGCUAUCAUAAUAUCGAAUAUUCAGAAGAAAGAAAAAAAAACCGUAGCAUUGAAUAAAAAAAAAGGAGAAUACUAAGAAGAGUCUACAAGCUAAUUAAUAAUCAUGAGUAUCUAUUUCUAUAUUAGGAAUGAAUAUUGAAUAACAUUUCUAGCAUAUAUUGUUCCACAUUCUCGAGAAAAUAAAAUAGUAGUGUUAUAACUAAUAAUACAACAAUACAAAACAAGCAAAGUGGACGAAAAAUAUGCGUUCAAUUCAAUAAAUUGAUCACCAUUUGUUUACACAGCAUAUUAGUUAAGUUGAAUCAUUUUAAAACAUUAUUGCACUCCGGUUUGUGUGCAAAUUUUACAUUGCUUUAUGAUUCCUUAUUACUACAGAACUGCUUGUUAUAGGUUUAUUAGGAAUUUUCUGCUGAGGGUUCAGCAGAUUGAGCCUUCUAAUUUCAGAUAUAUGCGAUGUUCCAAAUUGAAACGAUUUUACCGUUUUAGCAAACUUGCAGUUGUACUACAGGCCACUAGCGAAGCACACAUACCGGCAUUGUAUACUUGUCUAAAUAUCAAACGAAAAACGAGCGAAUUUGCUGCCCCGUUAUGGUUGAUUUUGGUUAAUAAACUUAUUAAAAUAAUAAUCAGCUUUCAGCGCAAUAAUUGGCCAACAGAAUAAAGAACGAACAAAGCAAGUACUGGAUCUGUUCCAUUCCAAGUGUAUGACCUCUUCAACGCUUCAGCUAAAAUCAAACAUUAAACGAUAGUAAGGAGACAAAGGAAAAUAAUACGCUGCUCUAGGGGGCUGGUUCUGAAUGGCCGAAACCGUAUUCGGUCGAAACACGAAAGGUCGAACGGGCGGCAGCGAGUAAGGACAGCACACACCCAACAUUUGUGCAUUUGUGAAUAUUUUCAGCCGAAUAUGCUAUUCGGUCAUUUGCUAUUUUGAUCACACGUGAUUCGGCCAUUCGUAAUUGAUCCGCUGAAGGCGAUAAUGAUCUCAAGCACAUCUGCAAAAUUGUUGAGAGGAGGUCACAUGGUCAAUACCAUUCGUAAUUCGUGCUGGAUGGAACUCUUCUAGGUAGCUGUUUUGGAAACCUUUAGCAACAAUUUCGUAUCAAUAAAUCAACUAUUACUUGCUUCAAUGUGUGCCCCGUUAAACAUAAUGUAGGAAUCAGCAAACAAAAAUAACAUUUAGUAGAGCACUUUUUUCGCAGAAAUGUGACAGACCCAACACACGUAGUAGGUUGAAAACGCUUUUUUAACCAUAUCAAACCCAAUGUUUGUAUCCACUUUUAACUCCAAUUGUGAUAUGAAACUAUUCUCUUGUUUUUUUCGCGAUAAUUUCGCGAAUUAGUUGACUGCUUUCACUUUCAGUCGAACAACUGUGGCAUUUUCUUCGGAAUUCACUAUUAAUUAAUAAUACGAUACUCACUCACAACACAUUCAAUUUUUCAUUUUACGUUUUUGGCAGAGCAUCUGCCAUCGCAGUAGGCUCUGCUUCCGUUUCUACGUUAUAAUGAACACAAACAAAAACAAUCAUGCAUUAGAGAACAAAAAACUAGCCUUUUUAAAGCCAGAAGCUCCUUCUUCGUUAUAGGUUUACUAGAUUAUCGUCGCGCAACAACAACAACAACAAUUUUAAUCGCCAUAAGUUGAACAAAUCCUUGUUACGAGAAGGUAUAUACAUAUACAUAUAUAAAUGUAAUUAUAAGCGCCCGAGAGCUUUCCGAGCUUUCUCAAAACUCAAACAACAGUUUCAUCUCGUUCGUAGGCCUAACAAAACAAAACAAAACAAAAAAAAAACCACUAAAACUUUAUAACGUGUUAAAUAUAUUCGAAACAAA